ACCGCAGUAGUGACUUCGGAGCAACCUGUUCACUUACAUCGGCGGUGCUUCAGUCAAUACAGAAGCUGCUGACCACUAGCCCAGAAAGUCAGUAGUGACGCCCGUCUUCGGAUUAAUAGGUUCUCGGAAGCCAGUUACAGUGAAUCUAGUAUUCUCAGCAGCAGUGCUAGGUGCCUACGUCGUUGGUGAAAAUUGUGAUCAUCUACCAUGAUUUUGCGUACAAUUUUUGUUUAUAUUUUUGUGUUUUGUGGAACCGCUUUUGGACAAUAUGUUGGUCAGCCAUGUACAGUUCAGAGGACAUCUGCUUCAGGAACCUGUAAGAUAAUUUAUGACUGUCCAUCUGUGAUUACGGAUAUUCGCCGACAACGUCGUUACACUCGAUGUAGUUUCGAAGGACGAAAUGAGGUCGUUUGCUGUCCCAAUCCCACUCGCCCUCCGGUGGCCACUCCAGAAGUGGUGAUUCGCGAUGACUCUCCAAUAAGUCAACGCAAGUGCAAGGAAUACACUGAAGCUGUAUACGAAUAUGUUUACUCGAUUGGUCUUGCCGUGAAUGCUGAAAAGAAUAAGAUACAAGUGGACAAAUGUGGUCAUAAAACGGUACCGUUGAUUGUUGGGGGUGAAUUUGCGAAACCGCGAGAAUUUCCUCAUAUGGCGUUGUUGGGCUAUGAUCAGGGUGGUAAUGCGGUAGCGUGGUCUUGUGGUGGAACACUGAUAAGUGAUCAGUACGUUCUGACCGCUGGUCACUGUCUACGUACAAGAGCAGGUGAACCAGAUUACGUUCGGUUGGGAGAAUUAGACAUUCUUUCUGAGGAAGAUGAAGCAGAACCAGAAACAUUGAAAAUCAUCGAAGUCAUCCCACAUCCAGAUUACAAAACCAGUUCAAAAUAUAAUGACAUAGGUUUGGUAAAAAUGGAGAAGAAGGUGAAGUUGAGCCCAUUCAUUAGACCAGCAUGUUUACCAACUGAAUUCGGCGGUCCUGAGACUCAGGCAAUUGCAUCUGGUUGGGGUCACACCGAAUGGGGAGCAAGGAAAGGUGAAAGUCACCUGAUGAAAGUUAUAUUGACGAAAUUCAGUCAUCAAGACUGUAACAGCACAUACGCAAGCGAGAUUAGUCGACGACUAAAAGAUGGUAUUCGGGAGGAGACUCAACUAUGUGCUGGUUCAAGAACUGCGAGAAAGGACACUUGCCAAGGUGAUAGCGGUGGCCCACUUCAAGUUUACCAUCAGAAUUUGUACUGCAUGUACACUGUGAUUGGUGUUACGUCCUUUGGCAUCACAUGCGGUAAUAUCAAUGUUCCUGGUGUCUACACUCGCGUAUAUCCUUACGUGAAUUGGAUAGAAAACAUAGUUUGGCCAGACCAAUGAAAUGGUAACGCGUUUUAGAUACUAGGAAGUUCAUUACCUAGGAUAAUAUUUUUUAUAUCAUAUUGUAAAGGAUAUCCAUUUAACAGUACUGUACUGAGACGGUAUUUAAUGAAAAAAAAAUUUAUUAUAUCCAUUAGUCAAGUUUAGAAUAAAUUAGAAACAUUUCAAGGAA